AUGAGUGAUUCGUUAAAAAUUAAAAGGGAACCAGUUGAUACUAUUUCAUCCGCUGAACUAUCAAACAGUACUCCGAGUGACCAGAGGGUGACUUUGGAAAAAGUGGUAAAAUGUGCCGACGAUAAGAGGAAAUAUGAACUCUUAGCAUUAUUUGCCGUUGAAUUACUCAAGUCAGAAUUUGUCGAAAUUGAUGAAUUUUUUUCAUCAUUAACCCUGCUAAAGUUGUUGAUUCCACCCCAAAAUUUACUUAACGCAAAUAACAACGUUUUGGAAAAAAUAUCUGAAAUUCUGUUACAAUACGUUAAGAUAUUGAGACUCAGUAACGAAUUCGACGAGGUUUGGGGUGGAAUUAAGGACUGUAACAAGCUGUUCCAAGUGUACAAGUUGAUACAUGAAGAAGGAUGCAAGUAUCUUUUACCGAAUGUCAAAGCUGGAGAGUUUUUCAACAAGUUUCUCUGCCAACUCAUUUCCUCGUGUUCCUCAGUUUCGUUUUUCGAGUCGGUUGUUUUGCUGUACAAGGGGACAAUUGAGGAAAUAUUCUCAAAGAGUAAGGGGACUAAUGUUAGUACGGAUGAUGUAAGAGUGAUAAUAUCGAUAAUGAAGACGCUGUUAACCAUCACAAAAGCCUUUGGAUCACCGCCUGCACCUAGAGAGUUAUUAUGUUCAGUUUCAGUAAUUGUGCUUAAGAAUACUAAGGCACAUUUGUGCACUUUGUAUAGUUAUAAUUUACUGGCAUACCUUAUCAAAGACGUUACUGAUAAAUUAGUACUAGACAAACUAUUAAAUGGACUCACCUCGGUUCAAAUUGACCAAGUUACAUCGCUCGUUAAGGAAUGUAAUUCACUAUCCAAUACCUCUACAUGGAAAUUCAAACAUCAGUUCAAUACUGAUAAUACUAAUACUACCACUGGUGGGAAUAAUAAUAAUGGAGAUGUGGUGGGAUCGGUAAAAAGAGCAAUUAGUAGAAAUGAUAAGAGUGAGGUCAGUAAUAAGAGGAGAAAGACACAACAAGAGUUGCCAGCGAAUUGGUAUAAAGAGUUAAUGAGUAAGUUUGAGACGAAUAGAGGUGAGGGAAAGAAUACGGUGGUGGAUAAAAAUGCAUGGAAGUGGAAAAAUGACGCCCUGACAAACACAAUAAAGAUGGUGGAAGGUGUGGAAAGCGUGGAUUUACAGCCAGUUGAGCCACAGUUCAUAACUUUGUUUGAAGGGCUGUUCAAGUAUGAGUCUGCGAUCCCAGUGGUAAUUAACUCUUUAAACCUGUAUAGAGUGUUGUUGAAUAAAGGCAACUGCGACCUUUUAAGCGGAGGAAAGCCGCAAUUGCUGGCGGAUUUGCUUUUUGAAAAGCUCAAGGAAAGUAACCGGAAAGUGAGAGAAGCAUGUGUUAUGGCUUUGGUAGAGUCUGUUAAAAGGUGUAGAAUAACAGUACUGUCAGAAUCGGUUAAAAAAACAACAUUAAACGUCUCACCAACCUGUAGAGAAAACUUAUACAACUUUCUUAACUGUAAAUUGGUCUGCGUUUUGGACCAGGAGUUUAUUCAGAGGUUACAUCAACUAUUAAAUAGUGUCUCAGAAUAUAUUAAAAGCUUAGAAAAUGAUAAGGUGCCAAAAGUUAGAAUGGCACAUAACGCACUAAUUGCAGUUUUAGAUGAUUUUAACCUUAUUUACAAUAAUAUUUCAUCCACGUCAAAUAGUAGCAUGAUGACUGAAGUUACUAAACCAACCGAGGCUACUCCAUCUGAGACCAUCCCUAAGGCGACUCCUGUAGCCCCAGUCACAGCUGAAGUCACAUCGGUUACUAAACCGACUGAAACUAAACCAAUUGAAGAAGCUGAUAAGAGUAAUUUGGAUUGUACAACAACUGCAGAGUCCUCUGCCAUGUCAGAAGAGUUUACCACCUCAGGAGUCCCAGAAAAUGUACCCGAAAUCGAGCUUUUAGAUAGUGUGUUGAUGAGUCUGCUGGAUAAUUUGACCCAUAUAGUUGAUGGUAGUAUACUUGAAACUUUUAAGAAAUUUGAUAGCGAAGGUAGUAACUUAGUACUGGAGGAUGGACUAAGGAAAUUGAGUGUCUGGGUGAAAGGAAACGAAAAAUUACUCAAAUCAGUAGAUUAUUACGUUGUUAAGUUGAUUAGUUAUCUGUAUAGCAAGUUCACAAAUGUAGAUCUUUUACACGAAUUUUUCAACCAAUUAUUGAAUUACCAUUUAACUGACGAGGCGUUUAAUGAGGUGGUUGAAGUUAUUAGAGUUCACAACUCCUUAAAACUAUUAAAUAUAGUGCUGGAGAAUGAUAAUGCCAAUACCAACAAGCUGUUAAACCCAUUAAAUGCAUUUUAUUAUAAAGAUUCCACAUGUCUAACGCAUUUUCUCUCCAUCCUAAGGCAAUACUUUAUACAGAGCUACGCCAAGUUACCCUCAAGUGUCUUGAUUAAAAUGGUUAACUUCGUGGUAUAUAACGUCAAGUCGAAGAUAUACCCCGUCAGUCGGAUGUCACUGGAGUUAUUGAGUACUGUGAGUGAGAAGAGUGAAGUCGUUUGUUAUUUGGACGAACACCUGAGGAACACGGUGCUGUAUUUGAAGCCCUCAGAUAAGGUCAAAAAAGCAUGUAAAGAAAGUGAAGCUAGAGUUGAAAAAUACGUCUCCAAAGACCUAUUCAACUGCAUGUUCAAAGAUAAAUCUAACAUCAAAAGGUCAUGUGAAUAUUGGAAACGCUUUUUAUCGAAAGGAGAUGAAAAAUCUGAUAACAUGCUAUUAGGAAAAGCCCGCAAAGACUUAACUUCUUGGCUAACAUACACGAUGUACGAAAUGAAGUGUGAGAAGGUUGUUUUGGAGAUAUUUGAUAUAAUGGCAGAUUACCUUACAUUGAAGUGCGAUUUUGACGAGGAGGAGAGUUUGCUGUUGUUGCACUCCUUUGCAAGUUACAGUUUCUUUGGCAAAUACCAACUAAAGGCCAUAUCCGUCUUCAGUAAGCUGAUUAAGCUAUUCAGGAAUUCAUUUGACUCAUUGGACUUUUUAUUUGAAGCAGUAGAAAGGUGUAAAGAAAAGUGGCAACAGCUGAUGAGUGAGGCUUUGGUCAGAUUAGUUCGCAACUCCACACCCACCGAAGCAAUGGUACAAUUUGUUAAGACCAAACUGGACUCCUGUUCCUCUCUAGAAAAUUCUCACAAAAAACUCAUUUAUCAGUGGAUUAAUAAUUUCACAAGCCCAAUUCUUAAUACAGUUAAUACAGUUGAGAAUGUUGUUAAAACAGUUAAUAUGGUUGAUGAGGUUGAUGAGGUUGAUGAGGUUGAUAAGGUUGAUAAAGUUGAUCAAGUGGAUGUUAUGCCAAUGGAUGUUGACCCUAGUAAUCUCAACCACAGUAAUGUUAACUUAGUUGACACUGUUGACACACUUGAUAAAGUUACACAGGAUACUAAUAUUAGACAGAAUACAGUUGAUAAAGUUGAAUCCGUGGAUAAUGUGGAAAUGAAUAGAAUUGAAACCGUGUGUGAAGAAUAUGAACAAGUUGUUGAGCCAGUAAGCACAACAGGCUCAGCAUCAGAAGUCCAAUUUCCAAUUCAGUAUAAUAAUAAUUUCGUCAAUGUCUCGAUACAAACUGAUGAACCAGAGCUUGAACCAAUUCCAGUAGAUACUAAUACUAGUGUAUUAGAUAAAGUUGGUGUGGAACAGGCUUAUGAAAAGACAAAAUUUUGUAAUUUGGACAAAAACGACAGUAACGACAAGCAUUUCUUUACAAACAACAGUGCAGAAUUUGAUAAUACUGUUGAUACUAUGGAUAAGACUGUAGAAAUCGAGGAUUCUGGUGACACAAGUAAAGGAUUAUCAAAUAAAGAUAAUGAUGUUGAGGUUAAUAGUAACUCUGUAGCAAAUUACACUGUGCCUAAUAACACUGUGGAAGAAGCGGGAAACGAGAAAAUGAGUGAUCAAGUGAUACUUGAUGAGGAUGUUACAAAUGAUGUUGAGUCUUGCAAAUCACUUUCUAAGCAAAUUAUUUCCUCAAAUUCACCGCACCCAAAUGCCCUCAGAACUAAUUCAAAUGUCCUGAAUACUGUUUCACUUGACAGUUGUCAUAUUCAGAGUGUUGAUAAUGCUGAUGAAGAUUUGGAGAAUAAUGACACAACCAAUCUAGAAAGCGUUACUGCUGAUUUAGAUGAUGUUGAUGAGUUUUAUGAAGAAAAUGAAGUUACCACAAUUAGUUGUACAAGUAGAUAUAAUCAGUCAAGUUCACCAAAUAAUGCCAACAAUGACUCAAUUAGCAAAGCUGUUGGAGUUAAAGCUAGUAAUAGAGUUGAAAGUGAUGUGGACAACGCGGAAGCCUCGGGAUCAGACGAGAGUUAUCCGAGCGUGGUGGUGGAGUAUGAUAGUGAUUCGGAGCUGGCGUGUGGAGACGAGUUUAGCCUGAGUCUGGUGGAGUUGGUCCUAUCGCAAUGUUCAAAGGUGAAUAAGAUUUGUCUAGUAUCAAGCUACAAGGACUAUAAGAGCCUGUCAAACACACUGUGCCAGGAAGACGUUUCAAAGGUGUGUCUGGAUAGCUGCUCUGAGAUUUUAAAAUACAAAAACGUGCUAAAGUAUCUCUCAGUACCACUCGUAGAAAUGACCCAUAACGCAAUACUACUAAUGACUAAACGUAUUCUCGAUUCUACUCUGGCACGAGAUAACAAUUAUGAUACUUUUAUAGAACCAUUAAUAUUAGCCAUUGAGGUGAUCACCCAGUUAAUACUAGUGUUUAAGAGUGUAACGACUGAGUUGAAUGAGAAUUUUAUACUACAAUUUUGCAAUGUUGUGACUAACUUAUUAUCACUACCAAAACAACUUUUUAAAAACGAAAGGUUAUAUUGUAUAACAAGUUCAUUAGUAUCGGAAAAUGGAUUAAAACAGUCAAAUUAUAUUAUAAGUAAAAUGCUAAUGGUAAUGGUCGAACUGAGUAUGGAAUCAUUAAAAGGAGAAGUCGAUAGAUUAUUAAUGGCAAAAUUAAGAUUCACGAAGAUCCUUCAAAUGCAAUUACUCAUCAAUACGUCACAAAAUAACUCCAAUAACAUAAUCAAUACUGAAAAUACUUGCAAUUUGGUCAAUGCAGUGGAUAACAAUAUCAUUAAUAGUAGUAAUGAAGUGAAUGGAAUGAGUGAAGUGGAGAAUGAAGGAAUGAAUGAGUUGAAAAGUGUCCAUUUAGACUUCAUUGAAAAACUGGAAAAAUUCGCGAAUAAAAGUAGCGCACAUAAUGUGGAAAAGGUUAUACAAACCUCAAAUUACAUUAUCAGUACAAUCUAA